ACCUUACAUGGUUGCUCUGAGGCACAAGCAUGCAGCAUGUGCAGCAUUAUUGAACCCGUCAGCUCCAGAUCCUCUCAUAUGGCCAUCACCAUUGAAGUUCAUUACCGAGCUUAAUCCAGAGGCAAAAGCAUUGUUAGAGAGGGCACUAAUGGAGACAAACAAGGAAAGGGAAAAAACCAUCUUGAAGGCGAUAGUCUACUCACUUCCAUCGCCUUUGCAUUCUGAAGCUGCGGCUAGUGACAUUAUGUAUGAGGCAACAAAUAGUGGACCUGGUUUUCUUUACCAAAGCUUACUCUUAAUGGUAUUGGGAAAGAGCCAGUCGCUAAGUGGUGGUGGUCCUGGGUGGAAUAGAUAGGAGCUAAAAAGGCGAGGUUUGAACAUCCAAACUAAAAUAAGAGUGCUGGGGUAAAUACCAUUGGGCUAAAAAGCCCUUGGCUAGGAGUAAACAAUUGAGUAGUAAGGUUCCAUGGUUAACAAGAAAUAGCUUUAAGUGACACUAGAAUACUGUAACAUUGUUUUGUUGCUUUGGAGAUCACAAGGUCAUGACAUCGAUGAACAAACACCCUAUCCUAGGAUGUUCUAAUCAAAUUACAUAGUUCAAUUUCUAGCAUAACUACUAAGCACAAAUUUUUCGAACUUGUAUGUCCUUACAUGCGUUAAUGUGCUUCUUUCUUGUGCUUUAGCUGCAUUGCUUUCAGGCACUCACUAAAAUUAAAAGUUAUACAGAUCAGAAAAAUAAAUUAGAAGCAGAAAACCAAGGGCUGCUUCUGAAUUUUGGUUCACAGCUUGAUCAGAGCUUAAAAGGCUGCACAAGACCAUCUUGGGGUCAGUUUCUCAACAACAGCAACAAUGGGGAUGCAUGGAGGAACAUGUCUCUUCAUUUGUUGCUAGUAAAUAU